AUGGGAAGGGAUCGUAGUCGCAGCCCUCGUCGCGGCGCUCGCGACGAUGAUGAGGAGGACUUGCCGGCGGAAGGCAAGCUCAUGCUGCUGCAAGUGGACUUCGAGACAUUGAAAGUCGAAAACCACGAGCUUCGUAGCCGGCUUCUUCAAGCACUGAGAAGGCUAGACUCCAAGACACCUUCUACUGGCCGGCACAGCAAAGAGGAAGUCAAGAAGGAGGUGAAAAAGGAGGUGAAGAAAGAGGCCAAGCCAGAAGGCAAGAAAGAAGUCAAAAAGGAGGUGAAGAAAGAGGACAUCAAGAAAGAAGUAAAGAAAGAGAUCAAGAAGGAAGUCAAGAAGGAGAUUAAGAAGGAGGUGAAGGAGGAGGAAGGCAAAAAAGUCAAGACCGAGGCAAAGGAGGAAGAAUCUGACGAAGCCGGAGAGGAGCCAAACACGAAUGCCGUGCUCCUUUGCAAUGCGCAGAUGGAGGUGUACAACACGGAGGUGCCGAACGAUCUACCAAUGGAAGAGCGAGCGCCGCUGGUUGAGGGGAAGCUCAAGAACUUCAUGGAGAGUUUCCAUGAGAAGGUCCAGAUACUUGACCUCAAAACCGGCGGAGUACUCGUCAAGGACAAGAUGUUUCAGAAGCGUUACGCUUGCGUCUUCCGAGAAUCCGGCGAUGAGCUGCGCGGAGUCUGCACGAAGCGUUUCUACUUCGAUUCCAAGAGCCCAACAUACUGCUUGGAUUUCGAAACUCACGAGAGCCUGGUGACGGCCCGUGCGGGUACGCCGCCAGAUGGUCGCCUCGGCGUGCGUGAUCCGCGAACAGAGCACCUCGCAGUGCUUUAUGAGGAGAAGGCGGGGAAGAUUGCGCGGAUGUGGGUGAAGCAGGAUUCGGAGAACCUCGGACCCGAUCCGAAGGUAGGUGAGGAGGACAUCAUCGCGACCGAGAGCUACCAACAGUUUGAGGCCAAAAUCAAGGAAGCCAGUGGCCGUAGCUUGGGGGAGCGGAUCUUCCACAACUACCACGACAUCCCUACAGCUGGCUGA